AUAAAAGCCCUGACAGCCUUGUAUUGUCAACAACGUUGGCUAUCAAAUGAUGCAAGUCAUUUCUCCAUUUUCUUCCUCAGUGGCUACUGUACCAUUUGGAAAAACCAUUCAUAUCUCCUUUCUCCUGAUUACCGCUUGGAUAUGGCUGUCGUCGGUUGUUUCUUCUUUCGCCGAGCUCCAGCAUUUCCAGCACCCGAUCAAACCUGACGGCUCUCUAAGCUUUUUGGUUGUCGGAGACUGGGGAAGAAAAGGACUCUACAAUCAAUCUGAAGUUGCAUUUCAGAUGGGAUUGGUGGGUCAGAAACUAGACAUAGACUUGGUGAUUUCAACAGGGGAUAACUUUUAUGAAGAUGGCCUGACUGGAGUGGAUGAUCCAGCAUUCAAUGAGUCAUUCACCACCAUCUAUACAGCCCCAAGUUUGAAAAAACAAUGGUACAAUGUAUUGGGGAAUCAUGACUAUAGGGGUGAUGUUGAAGCACAAUUGAGUCACAUCCUCAGAGAAAAGGACAAGAGGUGGCUUUGCUUGAGAUCAUUUAUUCUCAAAGCUGAAUUUGUAGAGUUUUUCUUCGUCGAUACAACUCCAUUUGUUGAUCAGUACUUCUCUGAUCCAGGGGAUGACACCUAUGACUGGAAAGGGGUCUCUCCCAGAGAAGAUUAUCUUUCAAAUCUCCUCAGGGAUGUGGAUGCAGCAUUAAAGAAAUCUAAUGCAGAAUGGAAGAUAGUGGUCGGACAUCAUACAAUCAAAAGCGCAGGGCACCAUGGUGUCACCAAAGAGCUGGUCGAACAACUUGUACCAAUCCUUGAAGCAAAUAGUGUAGAUAUGUACAUUAACGGCCAUGAUCACUGCUUGGAACACAUCAGUGACAGUAACAGCCAAAUUCAAUAUUUAACGAGUGGCGGUGGCUCAAAGGCAUGGAGAGGUGACGUGCAUCGUUGGGAUCCGGAGGAACUCAAGCUGUACUAUGAUGGGCAAGGAUUCAUGUCGAUGCAAAUGACUCAAAAACAAGUUCAUAUCGCAUUCUAUGAUAUAUUUGGCAAAGUUUUGCAUACAUGGAACAUCUCCAAGGAGCUGCACUCAUCCACUUAAAUUGGAGAAAGUCAAUCUACAAAUCAGAUGGUUAAUGUUGCAGAAAAUACUUCAACUAGGAUUCUACAAAUUUGAUUUGCUUGGAGUACCUACAUCUUCUUCAUUUGAAAAGACAGGAAUGACAGUUUAUGGCAAAGCUGGGAAGACUCGAGAACAUUUCGAUUUGUAUUGUUGAAUCUGGUAGAUAUAUACUUGAAUGAUUUGAAACAAAUAGCAACAGACGGUUUAAAAUAGGAUGCCAUGCAAAAACUGGGGACUAGGGGAACAAAUUCUCUCGAAUUU